AUGGACUCCACCGGAGGAGCAGGGCUAUUACAGGUAUCACUAUCCGAGGAUGGGGCGUAUGCUGUCCAAUUGAACGCGAAGGAUCUCAUAGUCCACCUAAACCCCGCAUCGUCAGGGUUCAAAGAAGUGGAGAUUGUUAAAACAAAAGAGAGCGCAGCAAAAUUCGUCAAAUUCUCACGACCUAGUGCCUCAAAUGGACGCGUACUCUGGGCCAGUGAUUCUCGCAUUGUACUUUGGCAAUUGAGCCCGUUGCAACAGCACGCGGGAAUCGAGAGCAUUGAACCCGGUGUGUUGAACAUUGAUUUUGGCGGGGACGAAAAUGAAGUCAUUGUGUUUCACGCGUGGAAUACAAAAUUGACCAUCUAUUCUUUGGAUACUGGGCGAAGUCAGAUCAUCAAGACGCCGAAAUCAUCGCAUUAUAAUAAUUUCGGGUAUCGACCCAAGACUCGACAAUUUGCAAUUAUACUGAAGCCCGACGCUAACGAUCUACUCACUAUCCAUGAAUUCCGGUCUUAUGAUCUUAUAGGACGGGCUGUUCUACCAACAGUAGAUGUCCAGGGUCUGAAAUGGAGCCCCGAUGGCCGAUGGAUAGCUGUUUGGGACGCUGCAAGCACAGGCACGAAAGUGCUUGUCUAUACGGCCGAUGGACAGCCUUUCAGGACAUAUACCGGGCCACCAGAAUUGGAUGAUACCGUCGACCUUGGGGUCAAGAACAUACAAUGGAGCCCCGUUGCUCCUAACACUGGUGCAUCUGAAUAUUUGGCUGUGGGCAAGGUCGAUGGCACUAUAGACCUUCUCAAAAACAAAACAUUUACUUGUUCUAUUUCGCUUGCACAUGUCGCCCCAGCCGAUCAGAAUUCUUUCGUGGUUUGGCGAGAGCAAUUUACAAAUGCAGAAGGCGACCUCGAAUACACAGAAGUGCCGGGUCCAUCUGCACCCGCCAUGCUUGCAGAAACUUCUACCCCACCGCGCGGCGUAUCGAUAAUUUCAUUCAGCUCAGAAGGAAGCCUGCUCGCAACCGUGGACCAGACACGACCAAACAUCGUCUGGGUAUGGACGCUCGGGUCAGCACCGGGACUUUUCGCAGCUCUUUACCACGAACAUCCAGCUAAGCAGGUUGUGUGGCAUCCUUCAGAAACAGCGCUACUUAUAACAACGGCGAAUAAUGUCACAGCGGCUGUACACUAUUGGUCUCCGGAUGGCCCACCUGUAGUUGUGCGUGUUCCUGUGUCGAGGAGUGAAAGUGGGAAGUACGAUGCGCGAUGGCUAUCUUCAGGCCAGGAAGGUGAUUGGAGGUUCUGGUUUGGUACACCGGAAGAUUACGUGUUGGGAGAUAUCGAGGACCAAGGAAUUAUCCCGCAAUUUCGGGUUCAUUAUUCUGUUAAUAGCAAGGUCCCCGCAGGGAGUCAUGGCACGAGUAUGUGA